AUGACCGACCUUCCCUUCCCCGGUGGAGCUCCUCGAGCUCCAACAUACGGCAUCUCCUCCGGUCCACGCCGCUCCUCCUACGCCUCCGUCGUGUCGGGCACCGCUCUUUCACCUCCAAUCUCUAGCUCAUUCCCGCAUCUCCUCAAUACUAACCCAGUCUCUUCGUAUCCCCCACUCUCCCAGCCCGACGGUCGUCUCUCCCGGGCCCUGUCCGGCCUGGAUGCCGCAGACAUGCACUUGAACUCCGCCUGGCGGUCCUCGGGAUCCCCAGAUUCCCUACCAUCCUACUCGCGCAAGUAUACCAACUACAUGCGCCCGACCGAGUUCCCGCAUGGCCUGGGUCUUCUCGAUGGCCCUUCCUUCUUUACGCCCUCCUACCUCCGAAACUCCCACUACAUCUCCCGCCUCGACGCCGCCCACCGAGCUAAGCUCGCCGCCCAACAGCGUGAUGCUUCUUCAUCGACCUCGGCCUCGGGCCCUGCCCUUUCCGCUUCUUCGAGUCAUGUCCAUCUCCCCCGUUUGGCGCCGUCUCAUCGGGGUAUGACCCAUGAGAUCAUCGAGAGGGAGCCCCCCGCCACGACGACCGAUCAGCUUAGCCCGCUCCCCACACAGUGGAGUUCCUCGGACAAAUAUGCCGGGUUGGAACUCUCGAAUGAUGGACUGGAUGUGCGAUACACGGGGCCGGUGCAUAAACAUGAUCAUGAGGCGGCGGCUUUGCGGGCGGAUCAUCCAAUGCCGCCACAAUGCGGGAUUUACUACUUUGAGAUUAAGAUUGAGUCGAAGCCGAAGGAGGGGAUGAUCGGUAUUGGAUUCUCUAGUCCUAAGGCCUCGGUCGAGCGGCUUCCCGGCUGGGAACAGGAAUCAUGGGCCUACCACGGUGAUGACGGAAAGUCAUUUUUCGGUGAGAGCCAGGGCCAAGGGAGGCCGUAUGGACCGACAUUUGGGGUUGGAGAUACAGUGGGCUGUGGAGUGAAUUUCUCCACCGGGUCGGCGUUCUUCACUAAGAAUGGAAAUUUCUUGGACGAAAAAGGAAACGCCUUCCAUGAGCUGCGUAAUGUGAAGCUUUAUCCUUCUGUUGGGAUGAAGAAGCAACCACCCGUCCAUCUGAAAGCAAACUUUGGCCAGGAACCGUUCAUGUUUGAUAUCGAUGGGAUGGUCAAGGCCGAGCGAGCUUUGAUCCAGGCAGAAAUCAACGCAACAAGCACCGAUACCCUGCAGCCCCCACUUAACGAGUCGGCAUUGCUCCAAGAAUUAGUAGCCCAAUUCCUGGCACAUGAUGGCUACGUUGAGACGGCGAGAGCCUUUGCUGAAGAAGUAGCCACCGAGACAACGGCAUUACAAAACGGUCAACGAGAGCCUUUGAAGAAAUACGAGGUCGAAGAAGACCGCGAAGCCAUUAACCGCAACAGUAAUAGCCCCCUCCCCCCUCAUUUUUCUCAUUUCACCUCUAUCAACACAAUUUCAAUUCCCACUCUAAUACUUCAUUCAGAGAUCCGCGCCGCAAUUCUAGACGGCGACAUCGACAAAGCUCUCAAACACACAAAAGCCUACUACGCCAACGUCCUCGAAGACAACCCCCAAAUCCACUUCAGACUCCGCUGCCGCAAAUUCCUCGAAAUGAUGCGCCGCUCCACCGAACUCACCCCAGGGACAACAAACCCCAAGCGCCGUCGACCAGACUCACCGGGUCUCGGCAUCGCCGACGAACACGCCGUGUUUGACCAGGAAAUGGAACUGGAUGAUGGAAACUGGGACGGCGAUGGGAUGGACACGGAGGAUUCCGCGGUGGUGGAGGCAGCCCCGUUCAAUGAGGUCUUGACCGAGGCGAUACAGUAUGGGCAGCAGUUGUGCAUGGAUUACCCUUCCGAUGAGAAUGGGGGAGAUAAGAAGAUGCUCGAUGCUAUCUUUUCGUUGAUUGCGUAUCCGGAACCGCAGGGUUCAGUGCAUGGGCAUCAUCUCGAUCCUGCGGGCAGAGUUGCCGUGGCGGAGGAGUUGAAUUCGGCUAUUCUAGUCUCCCUCGGAAAAUCCUCCUCCGCGGCUCUAGAGCGACUAUACCAACAAACGGAAGCUCUAGUCAACGAGAUCAGCGAAGACGGCGGCGCCGGGGCGUUCAUCAAUGUUCGGAAUGACGUUUUGCUUUGA